AUGUGUGGCUGCAGAGCGAGCGUUCCCAGCACCAAACAGUACUCGGUCACCCAGCCAGCUCCUGCUUCCACCAAAACAAGCCCUUUGGCUGCAGCAGGCAUGCCCAAGCGCAUACCUAUAACCAAGCAACUGGCGUCAAUAAAAGCUCUGGGAAAAGGCUCAGACCUGGAAAAAGCUUUUGCUACCGUGGCUUUGGUGUAUAACAACUCUGCUGACUCUGAGGGCAAGCUCAGCAAAGCUGAAACCAAAAGCUUGCUGCAAACCCAGUUUGGAGGCUUCAUACAGGGCCAAGAAAACAAACCAAAAUACCAGGAAAUAAUGUCUGGCCUGGAUGAGGAGUCAGAGAACAAAAUUGAUUUUGAAGAUUUCAUGAUCCUGUUAGUCAGUCUCACUCUAAUGUCUGACCUGCUGCAGGAUAUAAAACAUGUGAAAACCACAAAAUGAACAGUGCUUUAAAAGAAGAAAUGUCUUGGCACUUUAGAAGAAAAACUGGAAUGAAGCACGCAGAGAUAACAAGUGUCUAGAUACCCUGCAUUUGUUCCUUUCAAAUGGAAUAAAGUCUUUCCUUUCAAAUU